AUGGCCGGAAAAUCAACUUCGACACCGGAAACAUAUUCGCCGUCUCUGACCGGUCAGAGGAGGAAAAGGCCUCCCGUAAUCACCGGCUCGGAUUGGGUCCGACCUGACGGCCGCAGCCUCCACCAGUGCCGCCCUGCCUUUCUGAGGACUGGGGCGGUGAAUUCUGCAUCAGGGUCUGCUUACGCAGAGUUUGGAAACACCAAGGUCAUUGUAUCUGUAUUUGGUCCUAGGGAAAGUAAAAAAGCAAUGAUGUAUAGUGACACAGGGAGGUUGAAUUGUAAUGUUAGUUAUACAACUUUUUCCACUCCAGUUCGCGGGCAGGCUCCAGAAACUAAGGACCUUUCCUCAAUGCUCCACAAGGCGUUGGAAGGUGCCAUUAUACUGAAAUCUUUCCCUAAGACGACUGUUGAUGUAUUUGCUUUGGUAUUGGAGUCCGGAGGAAGCGAUCUCCCAGUGAUCACGACAUGUGCCAGUCUUGCUCUAGCUGAUGCUGGGAUCAUGUUAUAUGACAUUAUUACCUCCGUGUCUGUGUCAUGUCUCGCGCAUAAUAUUCUAAUCGACCCUGUUUCGGAAGAAGAAAGUUACCAGGAUGGGAGCCUGAUGAUAACUUGCAUGCCAUCACGUAAUGAGGUCACACAGAUGACCGUCACAGGAGAGUGGUCAACGCCAAAGAUAAAUGAGGCAAUGCAGUUAUGCCUGGAUGCUUGUUCCAAGCUAGGGAAGAUCAUUAGGUCUUGUCUAAAAGAAGCUGCUUUUGCUUCACAUGAUUAG